AUGCCUCCAUCAGACGUCAUAACCUUGGAGACACUUCACGAUAAGCUCCCGCUAUGGCAUCCCGACGACGACAACCACCUCUACGCCAUUAUUGACAUGGGAAGCAAUGGCAUACGGUUUUCAGUUACCUCGCUAAAACCUCCCACCACGAGGCUCCUGGAGCCCCUCUACUCCAGUCGAGCAGCAAUAUCUUUGUUCGAUGCUCUGACACCAUCAGACUGUGGGCCAGUAUUCCCGUCUGAAACUAUUGAGGCCGUUGCGUCUGCCCUAUCGGGAUUCCGCCGUGUCGCUGUCAUGCAUGGUGUGCCCCAGUCACAUAUCAUGAUACUCGCUACGGAAGCGAUGCGUCGUGCCGCGAAUGGAGGUCAGAUGCUCGAAGCUAUUGCGGCAGCAACCGAUGGUCUCGGCGUGCAAAUCCUCGAUCCCGCUGUCGAAACCCUCUUUGGUGCCGUGAUGGGAUCACGAAGCGGCCUGGUUUCAGUCCCCAAUGGCGCAUUGUUCCUCGACCUUGGCGGUGGCAGCGUACAAAUGACGUGGGUUGAUACCAGCAAGGACAAUUACGAAAUCAAUGCAGCAAUGGCCGGGGAGAGCCUUCCGUACGGCGCCGCAAAACUCACAAAAGUCCUCGAACAACAACGGGCUGAGAUUCAGGCUAAAGAGAUAAGCACGCUGCAGGACGGGAUUACACGCAUAUAUUCUAACCUAUGCUCGAGAUUUCCAGCCCUCCAAGCCAUCAAGCAAGCGUAUGAUAGGGGAGAAGAUGCAUCUGUCGAUGUGUAUAUGUGUGGUGGUGGAUUUCGCGGAUACGGAAGCAUGUUGAUGCACAACGACCCAAUCUCACCCUACCCAAUACCCUCAACCCAUACAUAUUCAGUCCCCGGCUCUCAGUUCAAGCAACCAACCAAAAUGCGCCAAGUCAACGAAAGUCAUGAUGGAAAGAUCUAUGGCAUGUCAAAAAGGCGACGUCAGCAGUUUCCAGCUAUUGCCACCGUUAUCGAAUCUUUCCUUGCCGUCGUGCCCAACAUCCGCCGUGUGACCUUUUGCGGUGGCUCCAACAGGCAGGGUGCUCUUCUUAUGAAGAUGCCCAAGGAAAUCAGAGAAAGCAAUCCCCUCGAAGUUUUGGCAAAAGUCACCGACGUCGAAAAACCAAUCUUUGAUGCCAUUUUGGACUUGUUGACUGCGUCCAUACCAAAGUCUCAGGAUGGAUUCAGUGCUACUCCGACUAUUCUUACCCCUGGGCUAGGUGCCUUGUUCAUUCGCCAUAUUUGGGCUCGCCUUGGUCACAGCUCAAGUAGUAAUAGCUCUUGGGCUCUUCAUCACGCCGUUGUCCGUGACCUAGACUGCCCCGGACUUACACAUCUUGCUCGUGCCUUGUUGGCGUUGACGACUUGUGCUAGAUGGGGCAACGAUAUUGGCCCUUCUGACGAAAGUCUAUGGCGAGGGCUUAAGGGGGUGGUUGAGAGUCAUCAUCCAGAUGCUACUUUCUGGGCACUCUAUAUUGGCGCGGUGGCCAACAUUCUUGCAACACUCUUUCCAGUGAUGCCAGAACACCCCAGCCAGCUCCUUUCAGUCGUCCGACUUGACACUGCGCUUUCCAAAACCAAAUCAGACAGAAGCAAGGUGGAAUUAACUUUGAACUUGUCGGCCGAGACCAUGAAAUGCGUCAAUUUUGAGGAGCUCGCUAGUAUAAUCAAAAGCACCACCAAGACAAAAGGAGACAAGGGAAAUUUUAAACCCAGCAUUCAAUUUUCCACCUUCUCAUGA